AUGAGUUUCACGUCCAGUCUUGUACACGACUUCGUCAAGCGACUGGAACACGGCCAGCCAACUGAAAACACCACCCGCCAUGCUGAGAUUCCCUGGUUCGACAUUGGUGACGCGUCGGACCGAGAGCUGCUUGUCACGCACAGCUCGCCAUGCGGCUUCACCUUGGGCACUGGUGCCUCCAUCUACACCGACGUGCUGAUUCCCGCCCUCACCGCCGCCCGGCGCGAGGUGAUUCUUGUGACUUGCUUCUGGGCCGGGUCAGCUACGCUCUCGGCCCUCCAUGACGCUCUCGUCAAGCUGGCCGCCCACCGGCGUGCGCUCCUCAACGACGCCAGGUCCAGGGGCACCACUCCCACCCCACCCUUGCGAGUUCGCGUCUGCUUUUCAUCACGGUCUCUACUGCAGAAGCUGCUGCAUCCACAGUCACGAGAUGGCUACAUCUACCCGCCGUCGUCGUGGCAAGCUGCCCUGGGCCUGCCAGACCCUGUUUUGUUGGAAAGCGCUGCUAUUCAGCUCCAGGCCAAAAGUCUCUUCCUCCUGCCCUUCAGCGUGAUGCACCCCAAGUUUGUCAUUGUAGACAGGCAGCGUGCCUUUAUCCCCAGCUGUAAUGUCAGCUGGGAGCCUUGGCUCGAGGGUUGCGUCGAGGUGACAGGGCCGGCGGUCAGCGGCCUCUUGUCGUUUUAUUCUCGGACCUGGGAGCCCGAGCACGGCGGUGUCCAGCCACCCCUAGAGCGGAACCACCUCCUCGAGCCACCGGCGUUCGAUGUCCGGAUGGCGGGGCUUGCCUUGGUUGCCAGCGCCGCCCACCGCCGCGCCGCCCUCCUCCCCGAAUCUCCGUCGCCUAUUCCAACUCUUCUGCUACCCUCGUCAUGUCACCGGAACCCACAUUUCCGUCCCUUUCCUUGGCAAAAGGACCCCAAACCCCCGGGCACGCCCCUCAACGUCGCACUACUUGCGCUUCUUGACGGGGCUCGGCGGUCCAUCUACGUGCAGACACCGAAUCUCACCUGUCAAGCGGUGCUCCGCGCUGUCUUGAGCGCUCUCCAGCGAGGAGUUGAUGUUGACAUUGUCACCAGCCGCAAUCUCAUGCUUCUGGAGCAGCUCGUGACGGCGGGCACCACAACUUCAUGGUGCCUUCGGUCUCUGCUGCGCCGGUUCCGGAAGUCGGAGCGUUCAAAGCCAGAGUCUCUCCCCGCCGAGAUGGAACUUGGCCAUGUCCCCCUUGGAAGGCUACGCAUCUCUUACUUCCGCCCCCGGCCGAGUCUCAAAAUGCGCACACAUACCAAAGAGGAAGAACCAGUGCACUCUCAUCUGAAGCUCAUCAUGGUGGAUGACAAGUAUACCGUGCUUGGUUCGGGCAAUCUAGACCGUGCAAGCUGGUACACAAGUCAAGAGCUGGGCAUACUCUUUGAUAGCACCGAUCUUGCCAACACCGUUGGCACUGAAGUCGACUGUGUGUUAGCGGACAGACUUGAGCUUGUUUUCGACUCGGCAGCACUUUGA